CUCACGGGCUUCCGUAGCCAACACACUGAUGACGAAAAGGUCUCCUGAAACCAGUAACGCUAGCAUUAAUCUAGCAACAGCAACAUCACACUACAGUUUAGCCAGUGAUAACUGAAAUAUCGAUUUUUUUAAAAUUACAUUAUUAGUGGACUACACAGCAGAGCUGCCACUGGACCAGAUGGCUGCGAAAAUCAACGAGGCGCACGACCACAUUGCCAAGGCUGAAAAAUAUUUAAAGACUAGCUUCAUGAAAUGGAAGCCUGACUAUGACAGUGCUGCAUCAGAGUACUCAAAAGCAGCUGUUGCCUUUAAAAAUGCCAAGAUGCUUGAAGAAGCGAAGGAGGCAUACCUGCAAGAGGCAGAGGCACAUACCAACAACAAAACACUAUUCCAUGCUGCCAAAGCACUUGAGGCAGCUGGUAUGAUGCUCAAGGACAUGCAGAGGAUACCAGAGGCUAUACAGUAUAUUGAGAGAGCGAGCAUGAUGUAUGUAGAGAACGGCACACCAGACACUGCAGCCUUGGCCCUCGACAGAGCUGGAAAGCUAAUCGAAUCACAGGAUCUAGCAAAAGCAGUGGAUCUGUACCAGAAAGCUGCAUCAGUGUUUGAGAACGAGGACCGUCUACGUCAAGCUGUAGAGAUGCUGGGGAAAGCAUCAAGACUUCUCGUCAGGCAACACAAGCUUGAUGAAGCAGCAGUGUCGAUUCAGAAGGAGAAGAACAUGUAUAAAGAAAUAGAGAAUUACCCAACGUGUUUUAAGAAAACCAUUGCCCAAGUGCUAGUCCACCUUCACAGGAAGGACUUCGUAGCAGCAGAUAAAUGUGUUCGAGAGAGUUACAGUCUGCCAGGCUUCAGUGGGAGCGAGGACUGUAUUGGCUUGGAGCAGCUCUUACAGGGCUACGACCAGCAGGAUGAUGACCAAGUGCAGCGCGUCUGUAACUCGCCCUUAUUUAAGUACAUGGACAACGAUUAUGCCAAGUUGUCCAUCAGCCUGAGGGUUCCAGGGGGUGGUAAGAAGAAGAAGGCUCCCGCUGCAGCUGCCGAUGCUGGGGAAGGAAGAGCGGGGGCAGGGGAGGCUGACGAGGAUGAGUACGCCGGUGGGCUAUGUUAGCCACAGAACCUGGACUUCCUGUCUGGACCUGAGCACUUCCUGUUAAGGAGCGGAAUCUUCCACAGCCCUCCCAUUCUGAGCAUGCCAGGGGGUCGUGAACUUUGCCUCCCAUCACCAGAUGUAUCCUUGAAACAACUGUAGGCACUCAGACCAUCAAGCAUAACAACGAGUUAUGUUCAUAACAAUAACAUAAGCAUGGUAAUAUAUAACAUCACUGUGGAAAAUAAUCAAACACUAGUCAAAGAUUUGAAUAUAUUAUUUGUCCCUUUUGGGGUUUACUGCGAUUGUAAAAUAAUGUAUAUUUUGCUACAUUUGAAGUGAUAUAAAACAUUUGAUUUUGAAUGUUGAUAUAAGUUUAGUAAUGCUUUUGUUGUAUUUGCCUCAAUGGAUCAUCAAGGUUUUUUCUCAUUCAAUCUACAACAGUAUAACAGUAUGCAACAAGAUACUCAGUGUGAAAAAAAUUAUUUGCACCUUCACCCAAACUCUGUGCCUCAAUAAUUGAAGUGUAAAGGGGUGGAUGAGACGAUUUCUGAAUUUGUACAGUAUGAAGUGUUGAAAGCAGCCAUUUCAGUUACUAUUGUGUGUGAAGGCACUUAUAAUGAAUCAAAUGUAUGUUAAGAAAAUAAUAUAUUUGGGUAAUUGGUAUAUUAUUGUACUUUAGUUUUCAUUUCAGAAUGCCUUUCCAGUUUCAUUAUACGUUAUGCCUGUACUUUUGAACUGACUGAAAGCUAGACGAUGAUUCAUGUUUACAACUAAUCUUAAAAUGUGUGUCAAGUUUUGUGGAGUAUGCAGGCUUGAUGUUUGUGGCAUGCCCUCUGUUUUUACUGAAUCAAGUCAUGGAAUGAAAUUAAAUGGCAGCACGUCAGCUUUCAAACGUGUUACGUUCAGGUCACUGAACCACAAUAACGUCACAAACUAGAUUCCUUACACAUGAAAACAGUCUGUUCACUUACACAUGGUGCUGCAUUUCCCAAUGCAUAGAUUUGACGGCCUUGGUCACAUUUUGGUUGAAUGUAUGAACUUGUACAUUUAAAAUAACACUAACUUAUGUCAAAAACAAGGGUUUUUCAAGCAAUCAAAUAUAACCGACACAGGUUACGCACUUCAACGACAGUAUCUGUAUUGACGCCCUCAAUUCAUAGGUCUUUAUAGGGUCUCCAUCAAGAUGGACAUGCUCCAUAAUAUAGAAAUAGAAUUCUAUGCUGCAUACAGUGUUCAUCACAUCACUGUUUUGCCCUUUAUUGUUUGUCUUUCUUAGGUGUCCUACAGGUUCAAACAAAACCAAAAACGUCAUCCCUUUCUGGUGAGAUGAUACACAUUUCCUGAGAACGAUGUCUGCCACAGCUCCCUUGAUUACUCUGUAGAAACAAAUUAUUUUAACUUCCCUCUGCGCACAGACGUCAAUUCAAUGUCUAUUACACGUCGGUUCAACGUAAUUUCAUUGAAAUGACAUGGAAACAACGUUGAUUCAACCAGUGUGUGCCCAGUGGGUUUUCUACAACCUCUCGUCGUUGUCUUGCUGGAAAAGCCAAAGCACUUCCAGGUAGGCUACUGUAAAGGAAAAUAUAUUGGAAAAUAAAAGUGUCUAGUGUCUC